AUGCAACUUGGGCCUGACGGAAGCUCUCAGAAUCCUACGAUGGUACAAUUUUUCACAUGGGAUGCCCGGCACCCAGACAUGAGCUGGUGGAAACAUCUUGCGAAAGAAGCCCCGCAGUUGGCCGCACUGGGGUUCACGCAGAUCUGGCUCCCUCCGCCGAACAAAGCAAUGGAACAGACGGGCCGCGGAUAUGAUGCUUAUGACUUGUGGGAUCUUGGCGAAUUCGACCAGAAAGGCUCCGUUGCUACGAGGUGGGGAACAAAGGAAGACCUUUUGAGAGCUUGUGAUACUGCAAGGCAAUGCGAUAUGAACGUUAUCAUUGAUGCAGUUCUCAAUCAUAAACUCGGUGCAGACAGAAAGGAGGCCUUUCGUGCUGUACGCGUCGAUCCAUUAAAUCGCUUACGGGAUAUUGAGAACGAGAGACCAGUCAAUGGCUGGACUGCAUUUGAUUUUCCUGGACGGCUUGGGAAGGUGAUUCAAUACAUUGUAAUUUCGUCAGCUGGAGUCCGUGUUGGACCUUCUUUACUUUUUAUGGCUGAAAUCAUCCAAGGGUUGGACUGGGAUGAUCUCACGCAAACCGAUGGUGUAUUUCGCAUUUCUUCAGAAAGACACCAAGGUUGGUCAAGGUGGGUGGACACUGAGAAUGGGAACUAUGAUUAUCUCCUAGGCAUCGACAUUGACCACCGUCACCCUGAAGUGCGAGGUGAUCUAUUUUCGUGGGGCUCGUGGAUCCUUGACACCACAGGUGCUUGCGGGUUUAGACUGGAUGCCAUCAAACACAUGGACCGCAAGUUCCUUCUUGAAUUUAUCAAAAGAACUCGGAACCACCCAGGCAAGAAGCGAUUGUUUGCUGUAUCAGAGUACUGGUCAGGGAACUUGCGAUUUAUAAUCCCAUAUAUUCGGGCGUUCCAUGGCCAGACCUCCUUUUUCGACGUUCCACUACACCAGAACUUUCAUAGAGCAAGCAAAGAAGGUGCUUCAUACGACUUGAGGACCAUUUUUGAAGGUUCUCUGGUAAAAUUGAGGCCAGGAGAUGCUGUCACUUUUGUUGACAAUCACGACACGGUGGACACCAACUUCAAAGCUCAAGCGUACGCUCUCAUCCUACUGCGAAGUCACGGAUAUCCAUGUGUUUUCUAUGGUGACCUGUAUCCCAAUGAUGAGUGCUUUGACGAGGGCACCUCCCGCACCCUGAAACAGUUACUCCUUGCACGGAAAUCGUUCGCAUAUGGACCUAUGGUAGAUUACUUUGAGCGCAGAAAUUGUAUUGGAUUCGUACGCAUGGGUGAUUCCGAUCAUGCUGGGUGUGUAGUUGUGCUCAGUAAUAACCCGAUGAUGGACCCAACUACGUCCAAAGUUCGAAUGAACGUUGGCCCACACCAAGGGGCAACGUUUCACAGCUUGUUUGAUGACACCCGAACUGUCGCAAUUGACCAUGACGGUUGGGGAGCAUUUCCCUCUUCAGAGGACUGUGUCGAGGUCUGGAUCAAAACUGGAGAACAUCGAUAG